AUGCCAAUUCAAAAGCAAGCGAUAGGGGCAAGUGAACGCGGAUUUCGGACUCACGAGUGCGUGUUUCGUCAUCAAGCACAAACACGCAUAUGCACACAUGCACGUCUGAACAGAAGUCAGCCGCCUGCCUGCCUGCCGCACCAACUGGCCUCCGACUUGCCGCCUCUCUGCGCUACUGGAAUACGGAGCCACUGGAUUGCCAAGCCUCGAUCAAUGCUGGCCGGCUGA